AUGCAGGUCACUUUUGCCGUAUCGUCGUUGCUGUUGGCUGUCGUUGCCGUCAGCGCCUACCCCGCAUCACUGAACCCGGAAUCCAGAGCCGCCAUCUUGGUCCAAGAUUCAGCACCCAACGCCGAUGGAUCAUUGAAGAACAAUUUCCAAACCGAAAACGGAAUCAAACAAGAAACAGUCUCUUACUUGAAGCCUGGCCCAGAAGGACCCGUAGCUGUGUUCCAGGGAGCUUCGGCCUACACUGCCCCAGACGGCCAGAUCAUCCAAAUCGGAUACAUCGCCGACGAGAACGGUUACCAGCCGUACGGUGCUCAUUUGCCCACUCCACCACCAAUCCCAGCUGAGAUCCAAGAGUCGCUCAGAUACCUCGCCUCUCUGCCAAGCACUCCAGAACCAAAAUACCAGUAA